AGCAACGUUAAUGUCAAUACAAGUGUCAUAACAAGUAUCAUGCUCCUGUCAUAAUUACAUUGUUUUAUAAUAAUUAGUUUUCGUAUUAUUAUUAAUAUUAAAAAUUUUAAAAUGGGUGAAGAUUUAAAACAAAUUAUUAUUGACUUGAAUAAAUUUUUGAAUAAAAAUUUAUCAUUAAUAUCUUUCAAGGCGCUUACACCUACAGAUCUAUUACAACUACUGAGUGAUGUGCUGUCAAAAAUAACAGAGACACCAAGGAUAAACAUAAUCGAUGAGAAUAUUGAACAAUCAACUAUGAGAAUUUUGUCGAUAUUAAAAAUACUCAAGUAUCAAACAAAUAAAGAUUUUUCAUUAUUUAGACAAAGAUUGAGUAAAGGAGACCAAGAUACUAUUUGUGGUAUUUUUCAAUGGCUUUUUAAAAAUAUUGACAUCGCGCAAAAGCGAGCUUAUUUAUCAAGAUUUUUAAUAAAAAUUGAAGUACCGGCAGAAUAUUUGCAAGACGCUGAAACAUCGGCAUUGUAUGAAAGAUAUUUAGAACUUGUUGAAGAAUUUAAGAUUGUACACAAAGAACGUGAAGCUGGUAUAAAAGGAAAUGAAGCAGCCGCUGAACUCAAAUCCGACUUACGAGCUAUGGAAAAAGAACGCCAAGUACUUGUGGACAGGAUUGAAAAAAUAAAAUCAAAAACAACGUCACAAGUGCAUUUGUUACAAAUUGCCCAGGAAUUGAGGCUGGAAAAAGAUAGAGAUCAUGAAUUAAUAUUGCAGCGUAUGCAAGAAAACAAAGCUAUUGAAUCAUUACAGUUAUCAUUACAAAAAGCCGAGCAAAAACUCCAAACAUUACAAAAAACCGACGUUGAAUUAACCCCGCAGACUUUGCAACAGCGAUUACAAGAAGAAGUGAUGAUUCUCAUGGCGAUUUACAACGAAAAAAUGUCCAAAGAACUAUCUGCAUUGAAGCUGCGCAUCAAUGCACUGAACAAUGUCGUAAAUACGCCUUACAUUGGCCCAGAUGACAUAAUCAAGCUUCGCCAGCAGCUAGACGUGUUAGUACGCGAAAUCCAGACUCUUGCAGAGAGCAAAAUCACCGAAAACGGAAGCGAGAAGAUAACUCCAUUCAGACAACAGGCUGCAGCGAUCGCUGGAAUAAAACGCACCACGCUUGACAAGCUGGAAAAAAACGAAAAUGACCUAGCUGAGCUUACUAUCAAGCUGGAAAACAAACGCGCUAAGACAAAACACUUGGCUGAAGAUUCGAUGCCCAAAGGUGAAGAUCUAAAGCGCUAUGUCGCGCGUUUGAAGACCAAAAGCGGCAUGUACAAGCGCUGCAGAGCUGAAUUGACUGAACUUAGAGCUGAAGGCGGUAUCUUGAGUCGCACUGAUAUUAUUUUGGAGAAUAAAUUGAGUGAUAGCAAGACUAUGGAUGCUAUUAAUAUGAUGAACUAUGAAUAUAAUAUUCCUGAUCAUUUUAAUGAGAGCAAUGCUAGCGAUAUUAAUUUACAAUUGACGCGUAACUUGUUGACGUUGAAGUCAAAGUUAUCUUCUUUGUUGAAUGAUCUGAAGCCGUUAAGACAAAAAAAUUAUGACGUUGAUGAUAAAUACGAACGUGCAAAGCGCAGCUAUGAUUCUAUUGCUUCAAGUACACAGAAUGCAAUAUCCAAUUUGAUCAAUGAAGUUGAAAGUACUAGGAAGCUUAUAGAAGAGAACACGCAAGAAAUGACGGAGCUUCAGAAAAAAAUUGCGAAAAUGAAGAAAAUACAGAAGAAUAUCCAAGAUGAAGUUCGAUCUUACGCAAAUCCUAAUGGUGAAAAGUCUCUUCAGGACAAGUUGAACGAGUCUAUAAUUAGUGAAGAGAAGAAAUAUAAGUUGUUGAAAGACAAAGAGAAAAGUUUGAAGGAAUUACUUAAGCAGAGUGUUAGUCAAACUCACCAAUGGACAAGUCUUAUUUCAAUAUUCAAAUCAAAAAUUGAAAACUUUGCUGAAAAUAAACGAAGAGAUGGUAUUGUUUUACGAAAAGAUGGAACUGAAACUCUAAUUUUAGAAUAAAUAAUUUAAAUAUUGAUUAGUUAUAUAAUAGUAGAGAUUUAGAUUUUAUCGUAGUUCGCAGUAUGAGAUUAUGAAUUCAUAGUUAAAUUUUAUCAUUAAUAAUUUUAAGUAUGGAUUUAAAAAAAAAAUAUAACAUUGCAAUAAGCA